AAACAGAACAAGUUUCUAAAAGGGAAAAUGGUGAGUUUGGAAACCACUCUUGCUCUUCAGCUCCCGGUUAUCGAUUUCACAAGUCGAGACCUAAAACCAGGAACUGUCCAAUGGGACUCGGUGAGAGGCGAUGUCCGGAGAGCUUUGGAAGAGUAUGGAGGCUUUGAGGCCUUAUUCGAUAAAGUCCCUCUCGAACUUCGAAAGGCGGUUUUCGAUGCUUCGGAAGAGGUUUUCCAACUACCUUUAGAAACCAAAAAGAGAGUUGUGUCAAAGAGAAAAUACAGAGGAUAUGUAGGUCAAAUCCCAACGUUACCUUUGUUCGAAGUCAUGGGUAUUGAUUUUGCAGAAAAUCCAGAUAUAGUCAACGCCUUUACUCAUAAGCUUUGGCCCCAAGGCAACAACAGUUUCAGCGAGGCAGUUAUGUCAUUCGCGGAGAAAGUAUCAGAACUGGACUUCAUGACACGAAGAAUGAUAAUGGAGAGUUUCGGGCUCGAUGAAAGUUACAUAAAUGAACAUCUGAAUUCUACGAAAUGUCUUGUACGAUUGAUGAAAUACCAAGGAGUUGAAGAAACAGAGGAGGAGUUAGGCAUGGAGGCUCAUACAGACAGAAACAUGCUCACCAUACUUUGUCAGAACGAUGUAAAAGACGGAAUCGAGGUGAAAACUAAAGACGAUAAGCAUUGGAUCAAAGCCAAUCCUUCUCAAGAUUCUUCAUUCAUCGUUCUUGGUGGAGCGAUGCUACACGUACUUCUGAAUGGUCGGGUGCUUACCGGUGUUCACCGAGUAAUGAGGAUGGGAACAAACACAAGAUUCUCAGCUGGAUUGUUCUCUGUUCCGAAAACCGAGGAUUUGAUAUAUGCACCGGAAGAAAUGGUUGACGCCGAGCAUCCUCGAUUGUAUAAGCCUGUUGAUUUUGAAGCAUACUUUCAGUAUACAACUGAGGGACCUGGAAGGAGAGAUCUAUCUGCUCUCAGGACUUACUGUGGCCUUUGAGAAUAUAAAAAAAAAAAUAACGUAUUUCCUCAAAAAUAAGAUUAAGAAAUAAACUAGUUUAAUUUGC